AAUAUAAUAAUAAUUAUAAGGUGCAAUAAAAAAAGGCCAUUCCAGUUAUAAAUUUAGUGUCAGUAACUCAAAUCUCACCUUCACAAACACUCUUUCUUCUUUUUUAUCUAUGUUUUUUGGUUCAACCUUUCAUGUGUAUUAAGAUAGAGAGACAGAAGCAAAGAAAAGUUAUCUAAAAACAAAGCAAACACAACAAUGGUGGUGAAGAAACCAAGGAUUGUGAUAAUUGGAGCUGGCAUGGCAGGACUAACAGCAGCAAAUAAGCUCUACACUUCAACUUCAUCAAAGGAUCUUUUUGAGCUUUGUGUUGUUGAAGGUGGAACAAGGAUAGGUGGUAGAAUCAACACUUCAGAGUUUGGUGGUGACAAGAUUGAGAUGGGAGCAACAUGGAUCCAUGGAAUUGGUAACAGCCCAAUUCACAAAAUAGCUCAACAAACUAAUUCACUUCACUCACAACAACCUUGGGAGUGCAUGGAUGGUAACAACAAUGAUGAAUCCAUCAUAACAAUAGCUGAAGGUGGUUUUCACCUUCAACCUUCCAUUGUUGAUCCUGUCACAAAGCUUUUCAAGAGUCUCAUGGACUAUUCACAAGGGAAACUCAAUGAAGAAACUUCAAAAAAAUGUGAACUUUUUAGUUACUAUAACAUGGCUGCUAAAGCUUCAAACUUUGGUUCUAAGAAUCUUAGUAUUGGUUCUUUUCUGAGAAAAGGACUUGAUGCUUACUUUGAAUCAGUGAAAGAUGAAGAAGAGGUAAAAGGGUAUGGUGAGAAUUGGAAUAGGAAGUUACUUGAAGAAGCAAUCUUUGCAAUGCAUGAGAAUACUCAGAGGACUUAUACAUCAGCUGGUGAUUUGGAGUUUCUUGAUUAUGAAGCUGAAAGUGAGUAUAGAAUGUUUCCAGGUGAAGAAAUCACUAUUGCUAAAGGUUACUUGAGUAUAAUUGAGUAUAUAGCUUCUGUUUUACCACCUGGUUUAAUUCAGUUAGGUAGAAAAGUUAAAAGAAUUGAAUGGAAAAGUGAUGAUGAUGAUGUUGUUGAUGAUGAUGAUGAAAAGAAUGGUUGUUGUUUUAGGCCUGUGAAGAUACAUUUCUGUGAUGGAUCUGUUAUGUAUGCUGAUCAUGUCAUUGUUACUGUUUCACUUGGUGUGUUAAAAGCUUCAAUUUGUAAUCAUGAUGAUGGUGAUGGUGAUUCAGGUAUGUUUUUCUGUCCACCUCUUCCAAAUUCAAAAGUUGAAGCAAUUUCAAGGCUUGGUUUUGGUGUUGUUAACAAGCUGUUUAUGCAAUUAAGUCCAACAACAAAUGAAAAAUACUCAAAAGGGUUCCCUUUUUUGGAAAUGGUUUUUCAUUCAACUACAAAAAAUGAAAAGAAAAUUAUACCUUGGUGGAUGAGAAGAACAGCAACCCUUUUUCCUAUUUACAACAAUUCAAGUGUCCUAUUGUCUUGGUUUGCUGGUGAAGAAGCACUAGCACUUGAAUCACUCAAUGAUGAAGAGAUAAUCAAUGGUGUUUCAUCAACUAUCUCAAGCUUUUUACCUCAGUUGCAACAGAAAAAGGAUAGUUCUUUGUUGUUUAGUAAAGUGUUGAAGAGUAAAUGGGGUACUGACCCUUUGUUUUUAGGGUCAUAUAGUUAUGUUAAAGUUGGUUCAAGUGGUGAAGAUUUGGAUACAAUGGCUGAACCAUUACCAAUGAUGAAAAAAGAUAGCAAUUUUCCACUUCAGAUUUUGUUUGCAGGUGAAGCAACUCAUAGAACUCAUUAUUCAACAACUCAUGGAGCUUACUUCAGUGGUCUUAGGGAAGCUAAUAGGCUUCUUCAACAUUAUCAUUUUGUUGGGAUUUUCAACAACUAGUAUUAUUAUUAUUAUUAUUAUAAUUAUUUUUGUUUUUGUUUUUAUCUUUCUAAUUUUUGAAUAUUUAUUUCCCAUUUUCAACUUGAAUAGUCUUUGUUUAUCUAUAAGGAAAGUAGUGAGUGAGUGAUGAUUGGGAGAAAAAAAAAAAAAGAAUAUUAGAAGGGGGUAAGAUGAAUAGUGAAAUUGGGGACAUUAAGCUUGUACUACUUGAACUAUAAUUUUCCUCAAAUUUUUCUUUAUCUCUUCAUUUAUGAGUGAAGUUUUAUCUAUUCUUUUAA